UUUUUUUUUAAAUAAAUUUAUAUUAAUGGUUAUGUAUAUAUAUUUUUUCCUGCUAAGAUGCAUGUAUCCUGGAGACCCAUCCACUUGUGAUACAGGAGGUAGGGAGGGUCGGUUAAAUCCUAUGAUACGUGGUCCAGAAUUCCACAAACACACACACACACACACACACACACACACCCCAACAGUUUGAGAAUGCCAGGUUAUUAGUCUUAGAUACUAUAUUUACAGCUCCAUCCCUGUCUUUAUGCUUUGGGUAAAAUUAAGCCACAGGUUUAUUGGUAUAGAGGACAUCAUAGCAAGGGGUGUUAUUUGGGGGUGGAAAAGGGGGUAUGCCCCCGUGUCCCCCUCAUCCCUCUACAGUCUUCCGAAUCUAAAAGUGGAGAGAGCCAGUCUAGUAAGAGAGCAAAGAAAUGUUAUUUUCCUUUAAGCUCUGAUUAAACUAGUUGGUAAAGGUAUCUACUCUGCUGGCUUUAGGUACUGUACUGGAGCUUCUCCCCAUUGUUUUAGUUAAACCCCUGUAUUACUCUGGGGGACUAACUUGGCCCCCCAGGGAAUUCCCUUCUCCUAUUAGUUGUAGGCAAAUACCCUAACCCCCAUCCAUGGACAGGGUCAUAAUGACCCUAUUGUGUUGCAUUAUGCUAGUCAUUUCCCCUGUGUGAGGCCUCUGUCCCAGGGAGCUGUCCUGUCUGCCCUCACCUACUAAGAGUUGAGAGGUGGCUUAGUUGUUAAUGAGUCUUCAGGUUUAGGGGUCUGUGAACCACUUGAAAGUGUUUGAAGAAUUUUGUGUGUGUGUGUGUGUGUGUGUGUGUGUGUGUGUGUGUGUGUUUUGAGGGGGAGAAUUCACAACUUUCAUUAGGUUUUCAAAAGGGUCCCUGAUCCCAGCUUUAAGUGGAAAUGCCUUUAUGGACAGGGCCUCCCCCACUAUAGAACCUCCCACAGGUCUUUGUUGAAUCUCCAAGCCUCUCUGAAUUUUAGAGGUAGAAAGGAUUCAGAACACUUAACUGAGCUAAGCUGCUGCCUCUGUUGACAACCUACAGUGGAGGCAACCUACAGUGGAGGCUGAAAGGCCAGUCUCGGCAGCCAGCCCUCUCUGUGACCUUGGGCAGGUUAGUUGGCCCUCUCUAGGCUUCAGAGUCUUCAUUAUGCUAAGUGUGGGUAACAGUUCUCAGAGUCCUAUUUCGUAGGGCUUCCUAAGGAUUACGUGUGAGAUCACCCUUUAAAAUGCUUAACGCAGUUCACGGUGCACAGUAAAUGCUGACUAACUGUUAGCUGUUAUCUGACUAAUUAGCUCUCACAUCUGGUUAGCUGCAGAGCUACUGGAUCAUGCCACCUCAAAAAUAUUCCGCUUGAACGGGCCUUCAGUUUUCAAUUCUUGGCUUGACAGCAUGGUGCUGUCUCAGUGAAGGCCCUCAUAAGUGAAUGUAUGAGCAAGUAAAGGAAAGAGAAGUGGUAGGAGAUAGAAAUAGGUUGAGAGGGCUCUCCUAGAUGACCCAAGGAAUGUCAUUUACCCUAACAUGUUUUUUCCCGUGACCCAAUGAUUUAUACCAUUCAUUAAUUCAGCAGACAUUUAUUGAGCACAUACUGUAUAUCAGACUGGACAGCGGGGAUGUGCUCACUUUCAAACGAAGAGAAUGGGAAUUUCGGUUGUAUUAAAGGUUACUUGGACAUGGCACAGUGAUGGGCCAUCAGCGCAUUCGCUGAAGGAAGAUUAUGAGCAAAUGGACAAACAUGCUAUAGAAGAACUUAUAUUGAGUUCCACUAAAGCUAUUGAUUGUCUGGAUAAGUAAACACGGGCUGGCCACUCAGAAGACCCUGGCUUCACCUCCCUGGCGACACAAGAAUUCUCUCAACCUUGAGUGUGCAAGGUGGGGAACAGGGAGAGAGUGCGUAAUGAAAAUCCCCAAAGGAAUUGGUCUUCAUUCUGGUUCUUGUCCCCACCAAUCCUGAUGUGAGUCACAGAACUGGGGGGCUCCAGCCCCAUAUCCAGUCCCCCCGGGCCUUGGCUCCUCAUUCCCCACCUCACCAACUGUAGGGAAGAGCUCAGACCACCAGCAUACACCUGCUGCAGUGGACCAUCUACCCCGGGGACUUGGGCUUCCAUACAAGUGGCUGAAUUGCCAUCCGCUGGCCUGGCUCGGGCAAGGUGUCUCUCUUCCCAUUUUGCUCAUAGCAGGAGUCAGCCUGGGAUGCCCAGAAGCGCAUUUGGCCUCUCCAGGAGGGGCUGGGCCCAUAUAACAUGUCUUAGAGGCAAACCUACACCAUAUAAAUGCUCUGAGAAAUUUGACUGAUAAAGUCCACAAUUCAGCUUUUACCAGAGAGUAUGGAGAAUGUAAGGUAAUUGUGUGUUCCCAUUCCUGGAAGAAGGGAGGGAAAGAUAACACUGGGACUGCCUGCUGACACAAGUGGAAGCAGUGGGGCCAGAUGUCGAGGUCACCUUUGAGGUCCCACAGCUGGACAUGGAGACCCAACGCCCAUCACCUCCAUCAUUCCCCAGUGUUCUGCAAGAAGAAAGCCCCCGCCAGACCCCCACUGGACUCCCCCGAGAUACUCUGUUCCAAUCCCGUGUUCUUCCCCCCAAAGAAAUUCCUUCUUCAUCUCCUCCCAUCCCCCGACAAGGCUCCCUAUCCCAGACUCCCAAGCUAGAGACCUCUGGCCGAAUGCCGCAUGUUCUCCAGAAGGGACCCUCACUCCUGUAUCCUGCCACUUCUGAGCAAGAGACUCAUCUCCAGGGUUCCCUGACUUCCCAAGAAGAGACCCAGUAUCCACCCCCAGCUGCUGCUGAACAAGAAAUCUCACUUCUCUCCCACUCCACCCCCCACCAAGAGGCCCCACUCCACUCGCCUGAAGUUCCGGAGAAAGACCCCCUGACCCUUUCCCCCACGGUUCCUGAGACUGACAUGGACGCCCUGCUUCAGAGCCCCGUUGCCCAAAAAGACACUCCCUUCCAGAUCUCUUCUGCAGCCCAGAAGGACACGCCACUCCCGACAGCGGAGAUUACCCGCUUGGCCGUGUGGGCUGCCGUCCAAGCGGUGGAGAGGAAACUAGAGGCCCAGGCCAUGCGGCUCCUGACCCUGGAGGGACGGACCGGGACGGCCGAGAAGAAGCUGGCAGACUGUGAGAAGACGGCUGUGGAGUUUGCGAACCAUCUGGAGAGCAAGUGGGUAGUGCUGGGGACCCUGCUGCAGGAGUAUGGGCUGCUACAGAGGCGGCUGGAGAACAUGGAGAACCUACUGAAAAAUCGAAAUUUCUGGAUCCUGCGGCUGCCACCAGGCAGCAAUGGAGAGGUCCCCAAGGUCCCCGUCACCUUCGAUGAUGUCGCUGUCCAUUUCUCAGAGCAGGAGUGGGGGAACCUGUCUGAGUGGCAGAAGGAGCUCUAUAAGAAUGUGAUGAGGGGCAACUACGAGUCUCUGGUUUCUAUGGACUAUGCAAUUUCCAAACCAGACCUCAUGUCGCAGAUGGAACGUGGGGAGAGGCCAACCAUGCAGGAGCAGGAGGACUCUGAGGAAGGCGAGACACCCGCAGAUCCCAGUGCUGCACACGACGGGAUCGUGAUUAAGAUCGAGGUGCAGACCAACGAUGAGGGCUCAGAAAGUCUGGAGACGCCGGAGCCCCUGAUGGGGCAGGUGGAAGAGCACGGCUUUCAGGACUCAGAGCUUGGUGACCCGUGUGGAGAACAGCCAGACUUGGACAUGCAGGAACAGGAGAAUACGUUGGAGGAGUCCACAGAAGGCUCCAGUGAGUUCAGCGAGCUCAAACAGAUGCUGGUGCAGCAGAGAAACUGCACAGAGGGGAUCGUGAUCAAAACCGAGGAGCAGGAGGAGGAGGAGGAAGAGGAGGAGGAGGACGAGCUGCCCCAGCACCUGCAGGCCCUCGGGCAGCUGUCGGGGCGCUACGAGACCAGCAUGUACCAGACCCCGCUGCCCGGGGAGCUGUCCCCCGAGGGCGAGGAGAGCCCCCCGCCGCUGCAGCUAGGCAAGCCUGCGGUGAAGAGGCUGGCGCCGCCGACACACGGGGAGCGGCACCUGGGCGACAGCCGCGGUUCCUCCAGCCAGCAGCAGCGGAACCGGCGCGGCGAGCGGCCGUUCACCUGCAUGGAGUGCGGCAAGAGCUUUCGGCUGAAGAUUAACCUCAUCAUCCACCAGCGCAAUCACAUCAAGGAGGGGCCGUACGAAUGCGCCGAAUGCGAGAUCAGCUUCCGCCACAAGCAGCAGCUCACGCUGCACCAGCGCAUCCACCGCGUCCGCGGCGGCUACGCGUCCCCCGACCGCGGGCCCGGCUUCGCCCCCAAGCACACGCUCAAGCCGCGCCCCAAGUCGCCCAGCUCGGGCAGUGGCGGCGGCGGCCCCAAGCCCUACAAGUGCCCCGAGUGCGACAGCAGCUUCAGCCACAAGUCGAGCCUGACCAAGCACCAGAUCACGCACACGGGCGAGCGGCCCUACACGUGCCCCGAAUGCAAGAAGAGCUUCCGCCUGCACAUCAGCCUGGUGAUCCACCAGCGCGUGCACGCGGGCAAGCACGAGGUCUCCUUCAUCUGCAGCCUGUGCGGCAAGAGCUUCAGUCGCCCGUCGCACCUGCUGCGCCACCAGCGGACUCACACGGGCGAGCGGCCCUUCAAGUGCCCCGAGUGCGAGAAGAGCUUCAGCGAGAAGUCCAAGCUUACCAACCACUGCCGAGUGCACUCGCGGGAGCGCCCGCACGCCUGCCCCGAGUGCGGCAAGAGCUUCAUCCGCAAGCACCACCUGCUCGAGCACCGGCGCAUCCACACGGGCGAGCGGCCCUACCACUGCGCCGAGUGUGGCAAGCGCUUCACGCAGAAGCACCACUUGCUGGAGCACCAGCGCGCGCACACGGGCGAGCGGCCCUACCCUUGCACGCACUGCGCCAAGUGCUUCCGCUACAAGCAGUCGCUCAAGUACCACCUGCGGACCCACACGGGCGAGUGAGCGCGCCCGCCGCGCCGCCCGGCCAGGUGCGCCGUCAGGUGCGCGGCCCGGCCCGCCCCGGAGACCUACCCGGCCGCCGCGAGGCCCGAGCCGGGUGGGCAGGGGCGGGGCGCCCCCAGCCCCUUUGCUGUGAGCCCCCCUUCUCCUUUCGUCCCUCCUCCCAAGGACACGGGGGUAGUGAGACCAGGUCGCUUGCUGCCGUGUUUACCGAGGGCCCCGGGGGGGAGUGCGCGGACCUGGGGAACCCUUUCGGGCUGUUAAUUUCCUUGACAAUAAAAUGGAUGAAACCAAUCAGCACGGGGGGAGUGAUUUGGCCGCCGGCCACUCGGAGGGGCGGUGCAGGGCCACUUAGUUGGGGAAUAGAACUUUAUAAUUACCUUUUGGAUACUGUGGUUCUAUUUGAUAAUAAUAGAGUAAUUUUUAAAAGA